CCAUUUUUCUUCCAUGUCCAUUUCUACUGCAACUCUCUUUCUCUCUCCUCUCUCUUUCUCUCUCUAGCACGUAAAAAGUGCAACAGAGCCUUGGUAGGCUAUAAAGGAUGACCAAACUCACUCAAACCAGUCCACCUCGUUGACAAUUCCAAUUCCAAUUGCGCAGCCAUUCGAUUCUAUUCCGAUUCCUCUCCCCAAUCCCUCUCCAGACGCUCAGAGGACAUGCUGCACCAAGUGCAAAAAGCUUUAAAUUCGCGGCGGAGAUAAGUAGAAGAGAAUGGGAGGUUGCUGCUGCUGUUCCUCUAAAGGAACUGAAUUGAAUAGUGCGCCUACAUACUACUACUACCCAAGGUCAUCGGAAGAGCAUGUGCCUCUGUCAUCUCAACGCGGUCCUACACUCUCUUCUGGACUCCUUGUUGAUACUAAUUUGGAUACAUCCAGCCCUGACACUUACAGACCACCUCCUGCACCGAUGCCAUAUGAUGUGGCUUUUGGACGCCCUCAUUCUCCACCGGUGGCUCAAGAAAUUAGUGUUGACAAAAACGGAGCGACAACACAGACAACAAAUUCUGAUACUGUUCAAGAAGCCGGUGGUGGUAAUGUUCAAGAUCCUUCAGUUAAGUGUGAAGACUUGAAGGAAUCAGACUGUAAAGCACAGACUGAUCUUGAACUUGACGACACAAAGGAGGUGGAAGUUGAACUCUCGAAGUCGGUGGAUGCCGUUGUUUUGACAACUGAGGAAGAGGAUGUUUGUCCAAUCUGUUUGGAGGAGUAUGACACUGAGAACCCAAAACUUACCACAAAAUGUGAGCAUCAUUUUCACCUUGCGUGCAUUCUUGAAUGGAUGGAAAGAAGUGAAGCCUGCCCUGUCUGUGAUCAGGGAAAUUUGUUUCCCUUCCGACGCAGGAAAUGACAUUCGAUCCUCCUAUCGAUUCCUAGCAGUCGGCAACACGUUGAGUACGGUUUGAGAAGCAUAGCAUACAUUUUCGAUAAAUCCCGCAGUUUUUUUUUUCCUUGUCCACAGUUAAGUGGCAACCUGAUAUAGGUUGUCGAUUGGUUUUGUUGGUCAGUGCAUUGGGCAUUCAUAUCGUCAGAAAACAAAGAAAAAGAAAUGGGCAAUAGAAAACAAGGAUAGUUAUUUUUCCUUUUUUUUGGGUGGUGGUGGUGGAGGAUAGGAAGAUCUUGAGAAAGGUGUAACGCUGAUCUUAAGGUUCAAUUUCUGCUUUCACUGCAUUGGGAUAAUAUUUGUCUCAUUUAGUUGUCUGAAGUUGAUUAGUUCUCAAAACAAAUAGGUGGUAAAAAGAAAUUCUACAUGCUUUUGUCAUCUCUCUCUUUCUGCGAGUAUAGAGUUUUUCACGAGUCUGCUUGGAUAUUGUCGUUUCGUGUUUUUGCCGUUCGCAUUGGUCCUGUAAAUGGCAUAUAGUUUACACACUGGGUUCUGGGCUGGUGGACAAAGGGGAUUUGAUCAGUGUAAUGGAAGAUGGAAGGAUCUUAUGAAAAGCACAUGGUUGUAUUCCAGAUAAUUCAUGUAUAUACAUCUGAUUUUUGCACCAAGAUUGAUUAGCAGUUAGCUCAUUCAUUUUCAAUGGUCAAACAUUCAGUUUUGUGUUUUCUGCACUUGAAAAAGUAUAGUUGUUGACCAUCUUGAUUUUAAAAAUUUAACCAACUUUGCUUUACAAAGAAAAGAUUAGCCUUUUUUUUUCUGCAGUGUUGACUGUCUUGUCUGGUGAAGAGGGAGAAAAAAUCAUUUGAGGAUAUGGGGUUUUAGUUUUGAAUUUAGAAGACAACAAUUGUAAACAGGUUAAAAGCGUUUUGUUGGA